AUGUAUCAAAAUUUUUCUGUUUCUACAAGUUUUGGAUUACCUGUACCUUAUCAAACACCAAUAUCACCACCACUUUCAGUUGGUACACAAAUUCAUGUUAGUGGUACACCUACUGGUAGUCGAUUCGAAGUCAAUCUAAAAAAUUAUCAGGAUGAUAUUGUCCUACACUUCAAUCCACGUUUUGAUGAUUAUGCACUCAUACUAAAUAGCGCUCAACGAGGUGCAUGGGGUCAAGAAGAGCGUCAGUCAUUACCAAUGCAACGUGGAAUUCGAUUUACAUUGGUUAUUAUGGCUACAAAUAAUGGUUUUAAUAUUGCUGUCAAUAAUUCUCAUGUUUGUGAAUUCUAUCAACGAAUACCAAUGCAUUUAGCCCAAUUAGUCGAAGUUAAAGGUGAUAUUAAUUUAGAAUCAGUUCAAGUUUAUGCAGGAGGUAUGGGUAGUUCGAUGGGUUUUCCGUCAAUGGGAUCUAACAUACCCUUCGGUCAACCAUCGUUUGGUGGAGGUUUUAACGUUGGUUUCGGAUUUCCAUCAGCUCCUCCUGUCAUUGCAACACCCUCUUUUCCAAUGGGAGGUGGUGUACCAUCCAUACAAUCAUGUAGAAUACAUACUGGCUCUCGUAUUUUUGUUCGUGGUUUUAUUCCUCCUGGUGCAAAUCGAUUUGAACUUAAUUUAUUACAAGGAUAUACAGAUAAUGAUGAUAUUGCUUUUCAUUUUAACCCGCGUUUUGAUGUACGUACAAUUGUUAAAAAUCAUCGACGAAAUGGUCAAUGGGGUCAAGAAGAAAAUCAACCAUUUCCAUCCUAUAUGCCUUUAAUGCCAGGUACACAAAUUGAUUUACAAAUUACAUGUAAUCCAGACAGAUAUACAGUAUACAUGAACAACAGUCUUAUUGCUGAAUUUUAUCACAAAAUUCCACCUGGAUUUGUUAUGGCUCUUCAAUAUAAAGGCGAUAUCACAGUUACAGGUGUUGGUCAAUUGUGA